AUGUCGCUCACACGUGCCCAUAUCAACACGUGGACACGGGACGAGAAAGUUGUAGCGAUACGGGGCCGGUGUCGGUGAUUCGGUUUCGUCACGUUUCAAAGUGAAGACAUAGUAGAUAAAGUGUGCGAAAUACAUUUUCACGAAAUCAACAACAAAAUGGUGGAAUGCAAAAAAGCACAACCGAAAGAAGUCAUGCUCCCAGCUAAUUUGGCCAAGACGAGAGCCGCUGGCCGCGGCGCGUACGGUGAGUUGCUAGGUAGCGGCGUGGCCGGCGCGGGCGGCGUGCGGUACGCGCCGUACCCGGUACACGCGCCCGCGCAGCUGCUGGUCGGCGCGGGCGCAGGCGCGGGCACUCCCGGGGCCGCCGCGGCUGCCUACCGCCGUGCACUAGCCGCACUCCGCCCGACCCCGCGCCCCCCGCGCCCUGCGCUCGCGCCACUAGCACUUCCACCACUCACUUACUCUGUCUCUGAACUCCUCAAUGCGCACGCGCUCGAUAUCCAGACUCUAUACUCCCCUCUCACUCACACCACGAUCCCAACUCCUCUGCCCCUCUGA